AUAAAUCAGUAUAUUACUGAAAAAACAGAUUAUAAGUUUCAUCGGAAAACAUAGGCGAUGGAAAAACCGAUUGUUAGAUUUUACACUAAGUCAAAGAUGCCACGGCUGCGAUGGGCUACUGAUCUCCAUCAAUAUUUUGUUUAUGUUGUUAAUCGACUCGGUGGCGAAAGAAAAGCAACUCCUAAGAAGAUUGUGCAGGCAAUGGGUGUGAAAAGUCUCACACUAUCUCAUGUGAAAAGCCUUCUCCAGAUGUAUAGGAACAAGAAGCGGAGAGACUCAGUACAAGCAGAAAGGAUAAUGAGACAAGAAAUGAGGUGGCGGCAAUUUCAACAACACUUUCAAAUCUAUGAACGCCUUCGAGACGCUACCGAGUUUAUCCAAAAUCAACGAAGGCUAAGCGAUAAUAAAGAAAAAACAAUCGAAUUUCUGAAACCAAGUAACAAAACUAUGGAGGUCGGACAUGCUGACGAUGGUUUGGUUGCUGUUAGCGAUGGUGCAAAUGUUCGUUUAAACUCCACAGGAGUUUUGAAGGGGGAAGAGAAAUUGUCCCUUGGACUCACUCUUGGACUCAACUACUAAGAGGACUUCGGUUCUAUCCUUUUUAAGUUUCCUAUAUUUAUGUAAUUCUUGUUCCAUAUAAUGGUAUGAGAACAAUAAAAAUGAACAUAUGCGUUCCAAUCAA